GCCCAGUUUUCUUCCAAUGGUCGAGAAAUGAACCUUCCUCUGUUCAUUCCCAAUGGACCAAACUCUCUCUCUCUCUCUCUUCUCUCUCCGCAAGUGAAACUAAAAGUCCUCGCGGUUGUGGUUCAUGGAGUUUUCCUCCUGAGAAGUAGAUUUUGAAGUUGGGAUUUUUUGUUUGCGGGCUUAUCUUUCUGCUAACGCUUAAUUCUGACCAAGACCAGCAAGAUCAGAGGCCUUGUUUAUCAGGAAAAAAUUCUGGCAUGGAGGACUCACCUGCAAUGACUAUUGAAUUCCUUCGGGCAAGGUUACUGUCCGAAAGAUCUGUCUCAAAAAGUGCAAGACAGAGAGCUGAUGAGCUGGCAAAACGGGUAGCAGCAUUGGAGGAACAACUAAAGAUUGUGUCUCUUCAAAGAAAGAGGGCUGAGAAGGCAACAGCAGACGUUCUUGCCAUUUUGGAGAAUCAAGGCAUAAGUGAUGUUUCGGAAGACUUUGAUUUGAGCUCGGACCAAGAAACCCCACGUGAAUCCGAAGCGGGUCAUAAAUCUACAAAAGAAGAUGAGAGCUCAAUUAAUUCAAAAGGCAGCAGAAAUAAAUCAGAAGAACUUUCAGGUUCUGACAUUGAUUCUUCUCCAGUACGCAGUAGAAGUUUGUCUUGGAAAGGCCGCAAUGAUUCACCACGUUCUCUUCAGAAGUACAAGGAAUCUUCUCUUAAAAGAAGGAACCGUUUUAAUUCAACGGGUUCUUCUUCCCCAAAACAUUGUACUGGUAAAUCAUGCCGCCAGAUAAGACGCAGAGAGGCAAAAUCUAUUGUUGAGGAAUUCAAGACAGAGCCUGUCAAGGUUGGUUCUGAAGAAAAUGGAGCAGCCACCUCUUUGGAAGGUUUUCCAAUUUGCUCAAAUAAUGUGCUGGAUGAAGGUUCUGAAAUCCAGGAGAAAGUUUUACGAGAUAGUCCAUUUCCAGGUAGCUUAGAAAAUCAUAAAGAAGUAGGAAAUAAUGACUUUGAUUAUAAUGAAUAUGGAAAAGACAAAGAUAUGGAAAAAGCCCUAGAAGAUCAGGCACAACUUAUUGGCCGGUAUGAAGCAAUGGAAAAGGCUCAAAGAGACUGGGAAGAGAAGUUCAGAGAAAAUAAUACUAGUCCACCGGAUUCAUGUGAUCCUGGGAAUCACUCAGAUGUCACUGAGGAAAGAGAUGAGGUCAAGGGACAAGCUCCAUACCCUGCCGAGACACUUUCCUCCUAUGCCCCAGACGCAAAGUCAGAGGUUACAGAUGUUUGCUUCUCUAAAGAACUGUCCAACACUCAGCCCAAUGGUGUUCUGGCACCUUCAUGUGUUGAUAUCGGAGGUACACCGGCUCAGAAUAGCAGUAGUAGUUUUGCUUCUGAAUGCGAGGCCCAAGAAUUUGCAUUCCCUAUGGCUAUGGGGAUGCAAAAUCAAGAGAGGCUCGACACCUAUAAAGCUUCACAUAGCUCCCAUCAUGUGCCACUUUCCAAUGGAUCCCCUGGAAGCCACUCAGCACAUCUGUCUUCAUCUGAUUCUAAAGGAGAUGCUUCAGUGAGCCGAAAUGACCUCUAUGCAAUUGUGCCACAUGAACCAUCUGAGGGUUUGGGUAGUGUGCUGGAAGCUCUUAAACAAGCAAGGGCAUCACUACAACAAAAAAUUACUCGAGUGCCUUCAGUUGAGAGCACAUCUGUUCGUAAAGCUGUUGGCCCUUCUGUCCGUGCUACGAGCACAGGGGACUGGAUGGAGAAUCCUGUUGGAUGUGCUGGGCUCUUUAGGGUGCCAACAGAUUUUUCAGUUGAAACCAGUAAGCAAGUCAACUUCCUUGGUUCAGGUUCUAGUACUGCCAACUAUUACCCCGAUAAGGGUGCUGCAGUAACUGCAGGUGGUCGAUUAAUCCCCCCUCUCUACUUGGAGAAUGGAUCUGGUUUCUCUACCUCUGAUCGGUAUCUCACCAGCCGAUAUGCAGAGACCUUGUCAACAGUUCCCACCGAGAGGCCUCAGUUUGAUCCUAACCUGGAUAGGAUUCAAUCAUCUUCCAGCAGAUACAGCAAUGUUUCCUAUCCUACCCAUCCUUCCUACCCAACCUAUCGAUCAUCUGAAUUGCAACCAUGGAUGCCCUCUAAUGAAGGAUUUCCGCAAACCUUUCCUAGUAGGGCAGCUGGGAUACCUCCCACUGAUAAGUUGUUUCACGACGAUCAUGUUAGACCGAAUAUGCAUAGAUAGUAGGACGAAGAUUGAAGUUCUGUUAUGUUAUUAAGAUUACAACUUCACCGAGAAGAUUAUACCAUACAGGUUUUGUAGUGUAAUAUGGUGUUGUAAUGAUGUGCCUUAAUAUCUUGUACUCCCUUUGGUUUUGUGAGUAGAAUUGAGUCACGGUUUGUAAA